AUGAUGGUUCCUAGAGCUUUUCUUUUCACGUCCGUGCCGUCGCAGAAUCCUUCCUGGAAGCAUGGCACGCGAAACCAACCCUCGUCCAAGUCCGCCGCAGACUUCGUGACCCUUCCAGAUGUCGCUGGCCUCGAUUUCCCCGACAAGGAAGCGUCUGAAGCGAUGCAUACCAGUCCAGUCGUCAUCCCCCCAAAACGCACUUCUCGCACCUCUCCAGCAUGUCCCGAGACGGGUAACAAAGCCCCGCGGACACCCCGAAACUCCAAGACCGCACGAAGACCGUCGUCGCUCGCUUCGAUUCUAGAAGCCACGGCGAUUCCGGUUCCGCGACGCAAGUGGUCGACCCGGGAAUCUCGCAAAUUGCCUCGAGGCGACCAUGUGCAAGAUUUUAGCCGAUUGUUAAUGGAUGGGGUGGACUCGAAAAAUGACCAGCUGAUGGAGGGCAGUGGAAACACCGCGCUCGACCUUCUCCUCAGUCCCCCCGAAGAGAAUGCGAUUGGAAGUGACUGUGGGAGCGAGACGCCGUCGUUCUCUGGUCGCUCCAUAUCUCUCGAAUCCACACCGUCGCUCGAUCAUGACAUAGAGUCGCCGUCCAGUUACUCUCUGUCGCUGACGCCUUCUAGCCAGCGCAGUCCCUCGGAACGACGAUAUCGUCGCUUGUCGCAAUGCGAGGAUUGCGCAUUCGACCAUCCUUUACUAGACACCGAUCCUUCCGAUUAUGAGGAGCCUAUCAUAGACCACAAGUUGACGACUACGAAUCCGAACCCCCCAAAACCCCCGGCGCCCUCGUCCCGACCCUCUGCAAGCUUCGGGUCCACAUUCAAAUCUAACCUGACGGCUUCGCUGCGCGCCAUAAAAUCUGCAGCCCAAACAGUGUCAACGUUUGCGUCACCGUCGGUCCAACCCGACGACUUUCUGACACGAUCCUUAUUCACGAUCACCCCGGAGAUGACGGACGACCGUCGGCCUCCGCCGAUGAAGGAGCCGCCGUCGCCGGCACUACGACGCUAUCUCAACCCGAUUACAGCCUCGCCUGCGGAGAUGAACGCCUAUCACGACCACCCGCAUGAGUCGCUUGAUCCCCGAAAAUGCCCCGUCUCCGUUCAGAUGCAAACGUACCAUCGUUCCGGCCGGCGUGGCAGCCGGAAGAGUGGUUUCCAUCUCAUUGGCUCGGAGGGUCGCGACCGACAGUUCCAUCCGUUUGACCCAGAGAUCCCCCCGAUGACACGUCAGCGCGAGCCCCGAGAGAACAGCGAUUUUCUGCGCAUGGUCGUACUCGAAAUGAACAUGCGACGCAGCGGCAAGCUACGGGAUGACAUCCCGACUCGGGCUCGAGUAUGUCUUCCUCCUCGCAAGGGGAACCAGAACCGUUUCAUGCCUUACGAUGAUUACGAAGAAGUAGAAGAGAACUCUAUUCCGUCUCGAUGGGUCGGGAUUUCGGCCGCCUGA